AUGAGUUCUUACUUCGUCAAUUCCUUCUUCACUAAAUUUAAAGGCGGCGAUUCUCUGCGCUCCAACUACUAUGACUGCUCGGGGUACGCGCCGGAUCUUGGAGGCAGACCAUCUGUGCUGUACAACUCAGGAUCUGCGUUUCAGCACGCGGCGCAGUUCCCGGAGUUCUACCAUCACGGCACACCAUCCUUCUCCCACGCGUCUUACCAACAGAACCCGUGCGCAGUAGCUUUCCCUGGAGAUGCCACAGGAAACAUCUUGGGCCAGGACAGUUUACAGAGACAGUCGUUCUUCAGCGCACCAGAUGCGGAUUUUACGCAGUUUGGGGAUUGUCAUUUAAAGGUCAACAGUAUCAGGGAUGAUUUGGAAAGUGCAGAACCGUGCACAGCGCAGCUCUUCCCAUGGAUGAGACCACAAGCGACCGGCCGGAGAAGGGGCAGGCAGACCUACAGCCGCUACCAGACUCUGGAGCUGGAGAAGGAGUUCCUGUUCAAUCCUUACCUGACCCGCAAGCGGCGCAUCGAAGUGUCUCACGCACUGGCCCUCACUGAGAGGCAGGUGAAGAUUUGGUUUCAGAACAGACGUAUGAAGUGGAAAAAAGAACACAACAAAGACAAGUUUCCCUGCAGCAAAGCGGAACAAGAGCUAAUUGAGAGAGAGGGGCAAGAGGGGAGCCAGGCAUCAGAAAAACACACAUCAGGAGAAGAGGACUCGGAGACUUCCAGUAAUUCUAAAUAG